CUUUUGCGAAACAAUCUAUUUUCAGGUCCAAUUCCCUCCGAUAUUGGCGGGGAAUUAUCAAGUUUGAGAGUCCUAGCUGUUUCGGGGAACUUGUUAAAUGGGAGCGUUCCAUCAUCAUUAACUAAACUGAAAUAUUCACGUGUUAUUGAUCUUUCAAAUAACGAUUUAUCAGGAAAGAUUCCAAGUCACUGGAAUGAUAUAAAACUGCUCAGCAUCGUCGAUCUAUCCAAGAACAGACUGUUUGGAGAGAUUCCAAGUUCCAUAUGUUCCAUUCAAGUAAUUUACUUGUUGAAACUGGGCGACAACAAUCUUUCCGGGGAACUCUCUCCAAGCUUACAAAACUGCACAAACUUGUACUCCCUUGAUCUUGGAAAUAACAAGUUUUCGGGUGAGAUACCCAAAUGGAUCGGAGAAAGAAUGUCAUCACUGAAGCAGCUACGCCUACGAGGCAACAUGUUGACAGGAAAUAUUCCUCGACAGCUAUGUUGGCUUUCUGGUCUCUGCAUUUUGGACCUUGCACUUAAUAAUCUAUCAGCAUCCAUCCCUCCAUGCUUAGGCCAUUUGAGUGCUUUAAAUUCUGCGACCUUGUUGGAUACUUUUCCAGAUGACCUGUAUUAUGGUUAUUACUGGGAGGAAAUGAACCUAGUUGUUAAAGGAAAAGAAAUGGAAUUCCAGAGGAUACUUUCAAUUGUGAAGUUGAUAGACCUUUCUAGUAAUAACUUAUGGGGAGAGAUCCCACAUGGGUUUACAAAUCUCUCAACCUUGGGUACCUUGAAUUUGUCCCGGAACCAAUUGAAUGGAACGAUACCUGAGAAUAUCGGAGCCAUGCAAGGGUUAGAAACUCUGGACCUCUCGCGUAACCGCCUCUCAGGCCCAAUUCCUCCGAGCAUGGCUUCUAUAACCUUACUGAGCCAUUUGAACCUGUCGCAUAACCUCCUAUCUGGACCCAUUCCAACAACUAACCAGUUCCAGACAUUCAAUGAUCCAUCCAUGUACGAGGGUAACCUAGGACUUUGUGGGCUUCCAUUGUCAACCCAGUGCUCCACUCCUAAUGAAGAUCAAAAAGAUGAGGAAGAUGAAAAGGAAGGUGAUGAAGAUGGGUGGGAAAUGUCAUGGUUCUUCACAAGCAUGGGAUUGGGCUUCCCGGUGGGAUUUUGGGCUGUAUGUGGCACUCUGGCUCUAAAGAAGCCUUCGAGGCAUGCUUAUUUUCGGUUUGUUGGUGAAGGGAAAGAUAGGAUGUAUGUCUUUAUUGCAGUGAGUGUGACUCAUUUCAAAAGGAAGAUGAAUAGAAAUGGUGGAGCUCAUGGUUGAAGAGAAGGUGAUGAGGUUUCAAAGCAAAAAAAUCAUGAAAAAAAUGAAGGGAAGAUGAAUUCCAAUGCAUAAGAUCAAAUACAAUGGAGGAAUCAAUUUGGUGAAUGAAGGUUUAGUGUUAAAGAAUUGUAUGUUUGAAAUAUUAGUUAGUAAAUAUAUGUCUUUUAGAUGUUUUGUUCCUUAUAAAGACUGUAAUUAUACUGAGGGAGAAGUUGUAUUGAUAAGUUUGAUGCUCACCUACUUUUGAUGUCAUAU